CAAGUGCAAAUGAAUAUGAAUGCGUACAACAAUUAUCAUCAAUACAAUAAUGCUACCAACAGCUUAUCCUCACAAAUACGGGGCAACCUAGCAGGUUCACGGCGAAACUCUCUAAAAGGUUAUUCGGCGCCACCACCUCCACCCAUGCCACCGACAAACAUUUUUUAUCGCAAUGAUGAAAUGUAUUCACGAAUGCCGUCGCAAAACCAAAACAAUUUGAGCCGCUUGAAUCAAAACUACCAACAACGUGCUGCGUUUAUACCUCCGGACCCGGUGAGAGAGUUGAAGGACAUAGUUCGCCGUUCCAAUGAUGAGGAUAGUUCUGAAGAUCCACCUUUUAAUUUCAAAUCUUUGCUUCGCAAAACCAAUUAUUCCCACCCUGACUCAACUGUAUAUGAAUUCAAUGGCCACAUGUCAAACAAUAAUAACGAAAGUAUUGGCUUUCAGUCAUCAAAACUGAGCCUCAUGGGACGUCGACUUGAUGAUUUCAACAAUUCGCCAUCACAAAAGGUUCUAAUUGAUCAGGUUAAAUUUGCAAACCGUGGACCUCCUUUGAAACAAAGUACCACCGCAGUUGGAAAAAGCUUUGAAAACACAAACGCCAAGUCAUUCGAGGAAGCUGGCUCAUACGUGGAGGAAGAGAUUGCACCAGGCGUUACCUUAUCUGGAUAUGCAGUCGAUAUUUAAUACGCAUACAUAUAUGUGCAUACAUAGGUAUCCCUUACUUAUUUCAAAUUACGAAUUUACCAACUCCGAUUUACUAUUGAAGCACUUGACGUACAUACAUAUCGACGGUGCUUUAGCAACACCUCGUAUCAUCACUAUAGAAAUCGUAUCUCAUAAAAUUAGUUCAGAAUGGGCCUUCAAAUACUAUGAUUCAUUACGUUAUACAUAGUCUUAGUG